AUGAACGCUUUCUCAGAAUUAGAGUUGAGAGAGAACGAACUGUCUGCCGUUCUUUCGCUUUCGUUCUCUCUCUCAUUCUCAAUUCCUGUAAUUUUUCUCUUUUUUGUUCCUUUUAUUUCUCUCUCUCUCCCUCUCUCUCGUUCCCUCUGCCUAUCUGUUUCUUUUACUCUCUCUCUCUCUCUCUCUCUCGUUCCCUCUCUGUGGGUGUUUCCUUUAUUCUCACACUCUCGUGCCCUCUUUUUGUCUUGCUCUCUCUCUCUCUCUCUAAUUCCAUCGGCCUGUUUAUUUUUUCUCUCUUCGCUGUCUCUCUCUCUCUCUCUCUCUUUCAUCCUCUUUAUUUUCUCUCGCUCUUUUCUUUUUUUACCUCCCUCUCAUUCUCCUUACAUAUCUCUUAUCUUUCUCACUUGUUCACCCUGGCUGCCUCUCACUCAUUCCUUUUGCUUUGCACUAUUACGUUCCUUCUGCUUGUCUCUUCCCCCACCUUUUUAUUUCUUUCUUUCUUUCUUUCUUUCUUUCUUUCUUUCUUUUUCUUUCUUUCUUUCUUUUAAUAUGCUUGUUUCUGUCAUUUUUUUCUUUCUCGUUCAUUCACUCUGUCUAUUUUCUUUUUCUCUUUCCUUUUCCUAA